GCUUUACCAGCAGGGGUCGCCCCCGAUUAGACCGAUCGAGAGCGCGCUUUGGUGGCAAGCCAGGCUCAUGGUGAUGAUGUCAGUUUCCCGUGCCUUGCCAUUCAGCUCCUUGAUUCCAGUUUCUGUUGCUGUUCGAGCAUUACUCCGAAAGUGUGGCUCGUCUGUGCGCUUCGGCUCGCCAUGUCCGAGGAUGACGAAGUGGAUUUAAACUACCCUGACAGUGUGAAUGCCCACAGUAAUGGCGCGUACAUCCCCCCCUCGGGUGUGUGCUGGAUUUCAGUCCUGUCCUGUCUGCUGCUGGCGUUCCUAGGGAGCCUGUACGUGUGGAGGAGCGAUUUACCAAGGGAUCACCCUGCUGUGAUUAAGAGGAGGUUCACCAGUGUUCUCAUCGUCUCCACACUCUCGCCUCUCUUCGUCUGGGCAUGGAAGGAGUUCACAGGCAUCCGAUCCAGUCAGUCGCUGCUAGCUCUCAUGGGUAUCCGUGUGGAGGGCCUCUUCGCCGCAGCCACCCUGCCCCUCCUCCUCACCAUGGUGCUGUUUUUGGGGCCACUAAUCCAGCUCGGCAUGGACUGCUCCUGGGACUUCAUCGAUGGGCUCAAGGUCGGGUUUGACCCGCGGUUCUGGCUGCUCUGCCUGUCUGAUAUGCGCUGGCUGCGGAACCAGGUGGUGGCUCCUCUGACGGAGGAGCUGGUGUUCCGUGCCUGCAUGCUGCCCAUGCUGGCUCCCUGCGCUGGGCUGAGCCGGGCCAUCUUCACCUGCCCACUCUUCUUCGGAGUCGCUCACUUCCACCAUGUCAUCGAACUGCUGCGAUUCAGACAGGGGACUGUAGGGGGCAUCGUCCUGUCCGCAGUGUUUCAGUUCUCGUACACGGCUGUGUUUGGGACAUACACAGCUUUCAUCUUCGUCCGGACAGGCCACCUGAUGGGGCCGGUGCUGUGCCACUCGUUCUGUAACUACAUGGGCUUCCCUGCCCUGAGCGCCGCGCUGGAGCACCCCCAGAGAGCCCCCAUCAUGACCUGCUACCUGCUGGGCGUGCUGCUCUUCCUGCUGCUGCUCUUCCCCAUGACGGAGCCUGUGUUCUACGGGAGCGUGCCACUGUGCAGCCUCGCCAGGACAGCCCAUGGGGGGGCCUCGCUGUGCUCUUGACACCUGCCACUGAACAAUCCCCCCGCCUCCCCCAGGACAGCGCAGCAGCUUCCUCUGUUCAGCAUGUAUUCAUGCCUGUGAGGGUUAGAUAUGCAGCACUGCUUCCCAGUGUGAGUCCCUAAUGAUUUUCCUCCACUCCUCACCUACGUCUCAGAUCGCCAGUUUCAUUUCUAGACGGUAGAUGUUUUGUCUGACAACAGCAAUGCAAGGAUGGGAAUUAGACUUCCACUGCAGCCCCAUUCUUUGAUUACGGAUGUGAACCAAGGCUUCAGCAAUUCAAUCAACAUUAUCACUGCCCCCUUUCUUCUGUUGAAGAUGUUUUGGCUGCUUGUAUACUGUAUUGGGGCAGCAGUUUGAUUGUGGAGCUGCAGCUGGAUUUGGUUUCUCACACUGUCCAGCUGCAAGAAUUCAAUUGCUUCUAUUUUAAAAUGGAUGAUAAUAUUUUAACAAUUCUUUGCAGGAUGCAUCACUUUACACAAUGAGAGUAUAUAUAGUUAAAUAACCUUUUUGUAUUCAAUGCUAGAGUGAAUAUUAAUCUAGCAGUCUCUAUCUGUCUGUCUAUAUACCACAAGUGUGCAGACAUCAUGUAUUAAAUACCUUUCAUAUUCCAUGCAGUGAAUAUGAAUCUAUCUGUGUCUAGAUGCACAUCAAGCAAGUGGUAAGACCUGAUUCUGUAGUUCAAAACUAACAGUGCAUAUCCCCAGACACUUAGAUCUGCACAUAUAUCUAGAGAACAGCGCAACCAAUAGUAGGGGAACUUGCUUAGGGCAUUUUUUAGCAUUACUUUAAGUGGGCUUCUUUACAAUACUGUGGUAUUUUACAAUAAACUCUGUACACCCUCUCCCCUUAUUACCUACUGCUGGCUUGCACUGGGGAUCUAAGCCAUGUACUGCACAAUCUCAUGUGCACAAUCCAAGUCAUCUUAAACGAUGCACACUGUGUGAUAAAAUGUAUUACUUGCCAUGAGGGCGUAUUCACACGUACAGUAAAUAAACAUAACCAAAUCUAUCUCAACCUGCAGAAAGCCAAACCCUAAUCUUUGAGUCAAAGUAAGAAUAAGCAUCACCUAGAACCUUUAUAAUGAAGUCUGUUACUUGGACAGCAACACUGUGUAGUGUUCAGACUGUAUUACGUUCCCUUGACUCUCCACUGCUUCACCUUAUCCUGUGACUCUCCACUGCUUCACCUUGUCCUGUGACUCUCCACUGCUUCACCUUAUCCUGUGACUCUCCACUGCUUCACCUUAUCCUGCGACUCUCCACUGCUUCACCUUAUCCUGCGACUCUCCGCUGCUUCACCUUAUCCUGCGACUCUCCCCUGCUUCACCUUAUCCUGCGACUCUCCCCUGCUUCACCUUAUCCUGCGACUCUCCCCUGCUUCACCUUAUCCUGCGACUCUCCCACUGCUUCACCUUAUCCUGUGACUCUCCCACUGCUUCACCUUAUCCUGUGACUCUCCACUGCUUCACCUUAUCCUGUGACUCUCCACUGCUUCACCUUAUCCUGCGACUCUCCCCUGCUUCACCUUAUCCUGCGACUCUCCCCUGCUUCACCUUAUCCUGCGACUCUCCCACUGCUUCACCUUAUCCUGUGACUCUCCCACUGCUUCACCUUAUCCUGUGACUCUCCACUGCUUCACCUUAUCCUGUGACUCUCCACUGCUUCACCUUAUCCUGCGACUCUCCACUGCUUCACCUUAUCCUGCGACUCUCCCCUGCUUCACCUUAUCCUGCGACUCUCCCACUGCUUCACCUUAUCCUGCGACUCUCCACUGCUUCACCUUAUCCUGUGACUCUCCACUGCUCCUGAAAUUCAAUGACAAAUGCUUCGACUAGAAGACUUAUCAAUGUCUUCAAAUGUUGGAUCUCUCAUGGCAUUAUUUUAUUUUAUUUUCCAUUCUUGCCAAUGAGACAAACUAGAGACUCUGAGACACUAGCGCCAUCUAGUGCACAACACCUAGUGUUUUUAGCAAAACAAAAAGAUUGCUCACUCUGGCACUGGCUCUUCUAUAAAAGGUUUGCCUCCGAGUCAAAGCAGCUUCACAGUAUUUUAUUGACCAUUCUCUGAGACCUGAAUGACCCACUACUCGCAGAGGGAGGGGAACCAUUGGAAGAGCACAGAGAGACAGUGCUGACUGAGAACGGAUUGCAGAACCGGUCUAGUGGAAGGAAUACAAUCCUCUUCAAGGGCCAGAGGCUGAAUGGGCAUUUUCAAACUCACCUAUUUUCACACCAUUGAAUUUUGUAUAUCUAGAAUACCGAGAUGUUUAUAUAUUGAGAUCUAUAUUUUCUACUAAGAGUUAUUUUGGUGACGAGAGUGUAUUAUUCAACAGAAAUAUUAAUAAAGAAUACAACUGCAUGCUUUAUUAACUGUUUAAAACAGAUUUUAUGACAAUCUUACUGGAUGUAAAGACAUUUUCAUGAAAAAAUUGGAAUUUGGAUAAUAAAUUAUGUAAUUUUUACGAAUAUAAA